UAUGAGACAAAAUUGCCUGGGAGCUUGGCAACGCACGCACUUGUUUUGUCAGGUAAUCAGUUUAAAUUCAGUUUAAGUUCAUUUUGUAACAGUUAACUAGGUUAGCUAAUUCAUAAUGAUAAAUACUGCACUAAACUCAUUUGGCGCCCAGGUUGUGUUGGCUACGUCUAGCGAUGAAAACCACCCACCAGAAAACAUCAUUGACGGAAAAACGGAGACGUUCUGGCUGUCCACGGGCAUGUUUCCUCAGGAAUUCAUGAUUCGAUUUCCAGAUAAUAUGAAAGUAUCGCUUAUCUCCAUGCACAGUUUUAAUAUAAAACAGCUAAGAAUAGAGAAAAGCACAGUAGAAGAAGCUGAUAAAUUUGAAGUCAUAGCUGAAAAAGAGUUUGAGCAUACAGAGAGCAGUCUACAAACGAAUGAUGUAUCUCUUGAUGGCUCUCAUGCGACACACUUGCGGUUUCUCAUCCUUUCUGGAUAUGAUCAUUUUGUGUCGGUGCACAAAAUAGGAAUACAGGCAUAAAAGUUUCCCCAUCUGAACAGAUGUGUAAAUACUGAAAAGCACACUAAUUUCCAUAAAUAUCAAUCACGAUGUUUUGUACUAAAUAAAGAAUGUUUUAGAACACAA